AGAACACAUUUUUAAAGAAAAUCUUCUUAAAGAUUGUUUCAAAUGUCCGACUUGAAUUGUAUUCGAGGUUUUGGAAAAAUAUAAAGGAAAUCAGAAUUAUUUAAAAUAAUAAAAAGCUAUUUAAUACAAGCAUGGAUGAUCCAGAAAUUGAAGCCAUCAGAAAUGCUCGUAUGAAGCAAAUGCAACAACAAUAUGAUCCAAAAUCUCAAGAAAAAAUUCAACAACAACGUGAACAACAGAAUGAAAUGAAGAAUUCUAUGCUUUCGCAAUUAUUGGAUCAAAACGCAAGGGCUCGGCUCAAUACAUUGAAAAUUUCUAAACCAGAAAAAGCGGAAAUGGUGGAACAGAUGAUUAUUCAAAUGGCUCAAUCUGGAAGAAUUGGAUCAAAAUUAGAUGACCCUCAACUUGUUCAGAUUUUAGAAUCCUUAAAUCAACAAAUGCCACGAUCAACAAGUAAAGUUAACUUUGAUCGACGUCGUGCGAAUCUUGAUAGUGAAUCAGACGAAGAUUAUGGCAUCUAGUCGAGUAUGACAGCAUUCUAAGGAAUUGCUGAGAAUUCUAAACUUUCUUACUCAAAAGAAUAUAUCAUCAACUCAAAAUUUAUUUCUUAUUUUAUUUCACUACAUUUUUAAUUCUUUUUUUUUUAAUAAAAUGAGCUAAAGUCUAAUUUAAAAAAAGAAAGAAAUAUAAUCAAAAGA